UUGGAUCUUAUCUCACAUAUGACACUGUGUGGAAGAAAGGCUGGAGGAAGAGCCAGAGAGAGAGAGGGGGAUUAUCUGUGAGCUGCAUCCGAUCCUCUGCACCCUGACACGGGAGAGCCUUGCUUAUCUCCCCCCUUCAUCCCCAUCUUCCACAGGCGGAGGGACGAGUUCUCCACUAUCUCUCCUUUUGUCUCUGGAUCACACGGGCUGACUGAUCCUUCACAUCACUGUUAUUAUUGUUUUUCUGAUCAUCACAUUUUUUGUUGUGCAGGAGCAUUCACCCUGCUUGACUUCUGACCCAAGUUUCCAGGGUGACAAAGUCCAGCUAGAUUCUCCUUCUUUUAUCUCGGAGAGACUGAAGGUGCAUCUGUUGAACAUCUGAUGGUUGUGUCUGUGGAAUAUGACUUAAUUUGGAGUUGAAGCUCCGCUAAAGAGCGCUUUUUAACUUCGUUUCCGGAAGAUUUUUGCCUCCCAAAUAUUUGUCAAGUUUCUUACGGAGGAGUGACCGCCAACACAGAGAAUAAAGAUGAUGCUCAGUCCGGACCAGGCGGAGACCGACCUCUCCUGGACUCAGUCCGACCCAGAGUCCAUCCUCAACAGCCUCAAGUCUGCCGGCUGCACCUCUGACGAGCCCACGGAGGGCGAGGAGAGGGUCAGAUGCAGAUCCGACCAGCCCCUGAGCCGGGAGGAGAAGAGGAGGCGGAGGAGGGCCACGGCCAAGUACCGCUCGGCCCACGCCACCAGAGAGAGGAUCCGGGUGGAGGCGUUUAACGUGGCCUUCGCGGAGCUGAGGAAAUUACUCCCCACCUUGCCCCCGGACAAAAAACUCUCCAAGAUCGAAAUCCUCAGACUGGCUAUAUGCUACAUCUCCUAUCUCAAUCACGUGCUGGAUGUUUAAAAGUGACCCCCACGCCCCCCAUGAGACAGAAAUGCUUUGGUUUGAGCUGAAGACUCAAGCGCGUAAAUGCUGGGCGUCAGUUGGGUAUGGCAAGGUUGGCUGAUGAGGGGCACUGAUAUCCGAUAUUUUUGUAGCCUUUCAUUUUUUGCACAAAUGACCUUAAAAUGUGUCGAAAAGUGAAAAGUGAUUCCUGCAUCGACAACUCUCAAGUAGAAAAUGUGUUUAAAAACAGAAUAAAUGUUCAAAUAAUGGAGGAAAAUAUCGAAUAAACUGACUGUUAAAAUGUAUCGGUUCUGUGCUGCAAAUGCAGGGACUUAAAUUCAAUAUUUAGGUUUGAAUUACAACAUUAUCAGCUAACUUAAAACACUAAUAGAAAUCUCUGAAAUAUUCCCCUCUUGUCCCCGGAUGCUGGGACUUUGCCAUACCUGCCAGUUGACUGAGUUGCCCCCCAGUGUUGGUUAUUGUGACGGCGGUGUGAAAGUUGUGGAAAAAUCCUCAACUUCCAGCCCAGAUCUUUGAACAAAAAGAAAAAAGCGCCGGGGCGUUUGGAGCUGUUAGAUGCAAUAAUGAGAAUUAUGAUUAUCACCCGACCUGCAGUGGGGGGAGGAUGGGCUGCAGGGGCCCCGCAGGCAUUCAUGUUCCCCUCCCGGAGCUGGACGGAGAAAUGUGGAGGGUCAUCCCUAAUAUCAAGAAUUUGGUUUUGAAAUGAUAUUAGUUAAAUCCUAAUGUCAUGAAUAUAUUUAAAACAGUCCUGCCCUCACUGUUAAAAUCCGAGGUCUAAUAAAAAACACAUUUUCACAUCGAAAGAAAGGAUGUAAACGAGAUAGCUGCUUUAGAUCUAGUUUAGAUGAUGUUUUCCGUAAAGGAAGAAAAAAAAAUGCGUAAGUGCCACUUAUGACAUAUAAAAUUGUGACCUUAAUCAUUUUUUAAAAGUGUAUGGAAUUAUUUAUUUAAUUGUGUUUAUAUUUAAGGCUUAUUUAUUUAUGUUGAUAUCAUAGGCUGGCGUCUUUUUGUAUAAAUGUAUAUUGUUUGUUGCUUCUAUAUUUUAGGCUGUGAAAUUUAACUUGGAAAGUGAUGGUGUUACUAAUGGCCCCUUCUGUUGAUGGCAUCAUUUAUUCGUUGGAUAUAUGUUUGAUGUCAUUUUAUUUAUUUUAAUGUCACGUCUGUUGCCUAUCAAUAGCAACGAUAAGCACUUCAAGAUGGGGUCCAAUGGCCCCAUAAAUGUCUAUUUCCCUACACUGUUGUGUUGCUCGAAGAAUAAGAAACGGGCUGCUUAAAUUUGCAAUUUUAACAUGUCAGAAAAUGUAAGAAUGAUUAUGUCAAACAGUUUCCAGGGUCAUCAGAAGCAACCCUCUUUUUUGCUGUUACCAAAAAAUAACACUGAUCAUUUUGAAAAAAUAGUCUGAAUUUAUUCUCCUCAAUGUUUUGAUGUCAUAUUUUGUUUAUUUAUUUAUUUGUGUCUGCUUUGUAUUACGAAAAUCCAAUAAGUCAUUUUAUAGUGAAGGAAAAAAACAAACAUAUCCUCUAUCCAAAGAUUUUGUGUCUCUUCAGGGUUG